CCUCAUCUGGAAAUUGACACACAAAAAAAAAAAAACUGUGCGGAAAUAAAUGUCAAGGCUCGGCCCGCGUUUGGACUCACCGUGGAGUUUGGUUUUAAGGUGCGGAGAAGUGGUCGAUGCGCCUCGGUGGGCUCCGGCGUGUUUGUGACAACCGACCCUGGCCCUAGCAGGUGUCGCAGCCCGGAGAGAACAUGUCCAAUGGAAAAGACGCCGGUGCUGCUCACAACAGCUCAUCCCAGAUGACCCUAGAAGAGAGCCUGCAUGAGUGUAUGGAGGCCCUGGAUCUCUUCCUAAACAAUCACUUCAAUGAGAGUCUGGAGAGGCUGCGAUCAAAAGUGGGUGAAAGUAUGUACCAUGCUCUUAUGUACGCCACAGUCCUGGAAAUGCAGGCCAUGAUGACUUUCCAGCAUGAUGACAUUUGCAAUGCCGGAGCUACCAUGAAGAGUGCUCAGGAUCUUUGUCAGAGGUUUCGCCGUAAAUCUCCAAAUUUAGGGAAGUCCACCAUGGAGCCACUCACUGAAGAGCAGCUUCAUGCUGAAGUGUGUUAUGCAGAAUGCCAACUGCAAAGAGCUGCUCUCACCUUCCUACAGGAUGAGAAUAUGGUGAGUUUUAUCAAAGGUGGGAUCAAAGUACGAAACAGCUACCUGAUUUACAAAGACUUGCAUUCCUAUGUAAAAUCUCAAACCUGUUUUAAAGGACCAAGCCACAAUCACUUAGAGGGUGGAAUUUCUUUUGGAAUCGGAGCAUUUAAUCUGACACUCUCUUUAUUUCCGCCACGGAUACUAAAAGUUUUAGAGUUUGCAGGCUUCUCGGGAGAUAAGGAGUACGGUUUGUCCCUGCUUGAUGAUGGCGCGACAGCAUUGAAUCUGCGCUCCAUGCUGUGUGCUCUGCUACUGCUUUGUUACUACACCUUUCUCACAUUCAUACUCGGAACAGGUGAGGGACAUGUGGUAGAAGCUGAAAGAUUGUUGAAAAUAUUCAGGCUGCGGUAUCCUCGGGGAGCAAUAUUCCUUUUCUUUGCUGGCAGGGCAGAAGAGAUGAAAGGAAACAUCGAUGAGGCAGUGGCUCUAUUUGAAGACGGCUGCAAGGCCCAGCAAGCAUGGAAACAGUUCCACCACAUGUGCUACUGGGAGCUGAUGUGGUGCUUCACCUAUAAGCGAGCAUGGAAGAUGGCCUAUUUCUAUGCUGACCUGCUGAGCAAGGAAAGUCGCUGGUCCAAGGCUAUGUACAUCUACAUGAAAGCCGCUUAUCUCAGCAUGCUGCCUAUGGAAGAGGAACGUCCCUUUGGAGAGGAUGAGGUGGAUCUAUUUAGACAAGUGCCUGCCUUCAAGCAGAAGAUAGCAGGCAAGUCUCCACCCACUGAGAAAUUUGCAAUCCGCAAAGCUCGCCGCUACUCAGCUCAAUGCCCAGUCAGGCUAAAAGUGCCCGUGCUGGAGAUGAUGUACAUGUGGAAUGGUUUUAGUAUGAUCAAGAACCGAUCGGAGCUGACUGAAGGCAUGAUGCAGACGCUAGUGGAGGCCGAGCGGGCCCUGUUGGAGUCUUCAGAGAAUGAGUAUACACUGGAUGACCGCUGUGUAAUCCACCUGCUGAAGGGAAUGUGUUUGAAAAACCAAGGGCUCCUCCACGGUGCUGAGGAAUGCUUUCAUAAAGUUUGUUCGAGUGAGAAGAAGCUCAGGUUCGACCACUAUCUCAUUCCCAACUCCCUAGUGGAGCUAAGUCUCCUCUACAUUGAACAAGGUCGAAGAGACGAGGCCAUCAAACUGCUCCACAAGGCCAAACAUAACUACAAAGAAUACUCCAUGGAAUCUCGUACGCAGUUCAGGAUCCAUGCCGCCCUGGCCAAACUAAAGGCCGGUUCUGUCGAUGCGGAGGAAACCCGUCUUUAGGGAGACUGGACAUUCAUCAUCGGAAACAAUCUUCGCCUGUGGUCAUUGCGACACUCCCGCUGUUUUAACCCAGUUUUAUACUUCCAUCCAUUUUCAUCAAGUAAAUGCUGGGUUUCUAUUCAGGUUUGCGUAUGAAGACCUGAUUGGCAUCUAACAGAUGGAAAGUGUUGGAUAAUAGCGCUUUAAUUGUAUAUUAAAUUACAGACUUGUGUAUAAAGACAUUUCAUUUUAUGGACAAUGUUUACAUAUGAAUAACCAGAAUCAACCGCUGAUUAAAGUCACUCUAAACAUUCACAGGAAAUGCAUUAUUCUGAUGGAUUAAUAUAAGAGAAGUAUGGUACAUUUUUAUCAUGAGAUCAGUGUGUUAUGUUGUCAAAAAGUACAACAGCUGAAAUAAGCAAACACGUCACCAUUUUUCCUCACAUAUAUUUUCAAAGGUUCUUUUGACAUAAAUUUCAACAACCCAAGUAAUCCAUACAAAGAAAGUAGAAAAACAGAUCAGAAAUUAAGUUGUAUAAUAAUGUAAAACCAACUGCUAUUUAUUUAAUACUUGGCACGAAAGCCUUUGUUUCCGAUCACUGCUUCGAGAAAGCUACAAUUUUUUGAAAAGCAGCCCUACUCGAUCAAGUUCCCACUUACAAACUUUACCGUUGGUAUGUUAUAAGGGGGACCUGCAGUACUAUUUGUUCUCCAAAUGAGAUGUAUGUUACGGUAACCGAAGAGUUAAAUCUUCCUGGCAUCAAACGAGACUGUCAAAUGUUUGAAAAACUUUAAAUGAGCUUGGACAUGUUUUUUUUUCUUCCAGCAAUGGGGUGUUGGGAGCUGAAUGUGCCUACAAGCCAUGGCAGCAGAGUAUAUUACUGUUUUUCUUGUGACAACAGUACCUGCUAAUUCCAGGUCUUUUUGUAGCUCUCCACAGGUGGUCCUUGGC